GCUAUAAAAUCACUCUCUCGAAGCGAUCUCUCCCCUUCGCCGCCGCCUCUCUCCCGCACCAAGCCGCCUGAGCCCUAGCCGCCGCCGCCGCCGCGCGCCACCACCGCCGCAACCAUGGCCGCCGCGCUCACCCGCCCGCCGCCAGGCACGGUCCAGUGCUUCGGGCGCAAGAAGACGGCGGUGGCCGUCUCCUACUGCAAGCCGGGGCGCGGGCUGAUCAAGGUGAACGGCGUCCCGAUCGAGCUGAUCAGGCCGGAGAUGCUCCGCCUCAAGGCGUUCGAGCCCAUCCUGCUCGCGGGGAGGUCACGCUUCAAGGACAUCGACAUGAGGAUCCGCGUCCGCGGCGGAGGGAAGACGUCGCAGAUCUACGCGAUCCGCCAGGCCAUCGCCAAGGCCCUCGUCGCCUACUACCAGAAGUACGUCGACGAGGCAUCCAAGAAGGAGGUCAAGGACAUCUUUGCCCGCUAUGACCGCACUCUACUCGUCGCCGACCCCAGGCGCUGCGAGCCCAAGAAGUUCGGUGGUCGCGGCGCCCGCGCCAGGUUCCAGAAGUCGUACCGUUGAGCGCUCGCCGGAUCGAUUCGGAGCGGUGUUCUCUUUUCCACCCUAUCAAUGGAGCUAUUUUGCUGGUUCUACAUCUAGCUACUGCUUUACUUCAAGUUUAGUCUUUUUAAGCUUAGUCCCGAACCUUUUUGACAUUGUGAAAUGGAUGCGACUGAGGCGUUUAAGACUAUCGUAGUCUCUGGAAUAUGGUUUUGCAUGUUACCUAUGUCCAGGGAAGUUGUGAUACUAUUGCCUUAAUUAAUGUUUAUGCUAUGUUAUGAGUUUUAUUCUA